ACUACAGCUAGAGUUCUUAUUGCCUGUUCUUCUUCUCGUUCUCUUCUCCCAGGUGAAAAGCUGUUUUCUCAAGUUGUAAGGAGCCUAAUAAUAAAGAACCCGCCCUCGUCACCACGACCUGUUGUCAUUUUUCCAGCCUUCUUUGGAUAUUUUUGAUCUAACCGAACCGAGCCUGUCGCAUUUUUAGUCGGCAGCUGUUUGUAAGUAUCGAGAUUCCACGGCCUGAACAACGGUUGGGUUGAAAAUUCAAGAAGCACGAACAUCGACUAGUACAGCACCAAUCGAAGCGGACGUAGCAGACAUCAGGAAAAGUAGAAACGCCAGUCUUUGAUAAAAACAUUCGCCUGCUUCGCUGCGAGGUGGACAAGAAGUUCGUCAAACUACAGGGCGAUAAUUUCCAACUCCACGCCCUUUUUACCCUUAACGAACUCGCACUCCGCCGCGCAAGAAAUGAGGGGUCGCGAGGAUCAGCGACCGAACUACAAUAAACGCGCGGUGACUCCCGCCGGGUAUGACACUUCGAAGCCACCGGUAGUGCAGCCGAAAAACCUUCUCUAUCUCGGCAACAACUUUGGGCCCGAGUGUGACCGGGCGGCGAGUGGUUGCUUCACGGAUGCCUCCCACCCGAGCGACCUGGAGCGCGUGGGGUGCUGUGGCUGCGACCGCAGCGUGGCCCCGACGUGUCUGACGCGGUGUGCGGGGUGUUGCUUGUGGAGCUGCGGGGUCAAUUUGUGCAUUUCGGGCAACUGGGACGGGCGGUGGAGUUCUUCGUUCAAGCUGAACCUGUUUCUGACCUCCGUGCUGGGGUUGAACGAAAUUGUGUGCAACGCAAUUGAAGUUCUCCUCGUCAUGGGCACGCUGGGCUACGACACCGGUGGGAAGCAGCAAUUCAACGACUACUCCAUUCUACACCUGUCGUGGUACCUUCCCUGCUUCGAAAAGUACCCCAUGAUGUGGGCGUCGGAGGCCUACUACAAGGAGCACGGUCUGUUCUCCGACCCUGCCGUGUGGCGCGAGUUGCGCCAAGAGCUGACCACGGUCCGCUGGGUGCGGUUUGUGUUGUUUCUCCUUUUCUGGUCGAUCUUGGUGAUUUACACCUUUUCCUGGAACCCGAAACUGUAUGGGUACUAUUUCAAAAACCUGGUCAAAGGCGCGCCAGCAGCAUCUCCAGCGAGCAAGGCCACUCCUGCAGGCGACUCGUCUGGAGGAGGAGGAUCAACAACUCCUGAUAUUCCCGUUUAUGCAAUGCAAAAGUAUCGUACUAGUAGUUUAAAUUGCAUUACAAAUUCCCCCAGCAUUACAAAUCGAAUUUGUGAUGCUGAUUUACUUUGAGAAAGAGAUUUGUAAUGCAUAAAUGCAAUUACUACGAGUACGAUACUUUUGCACAGGAUACCGUUGUUUCCGGAACCAUUCUGUACGCGGGAACGACGCCGUAUGGGAGUAUCAGGAUUGAAAUCGUCAAAGUUGAAAUAGUUUGUCAUGCAUAAAAUGCAACGCACGAACUGCCUCUAUUGCAGAGGACGCAAGGGAGGCAGAUUGUAGUGCUGGCAAGGGUCGAGAAUUGGGCUGCUGAUUAGCAUCGCAGAGGGGAGCCCCUUUGCCCUAAACAGCAUGACAAACUGGCUUCCGUGACGGACAAAAUUUGUCAUGCGCCGACUGGAACCUGCGGGUCCAAUUGGUCUCGAUUUUAUGCAUUACAAGUUACCAGCCAUGCUCCGGCUGCCGCCGGAGCGCAAGGCUGUCGGGCCGAGGCAAGACUGUUUGCCGAUUGGACCGCAACACUACGGGCCUGCGCAUAGAGAAACAUACUGGAGCCUGUUUGCGUUGCGCCAACCCGCAGGACCGCUUGCGCGCUUCCCGCGCCUGUGGGCGCUCUGCGGGGGGAGCAGCUGCAAAGAACACCGGGGGCGAACAGAAGCCGCCCGGCGCGAGAGGGUAGAGCGAGAGGGUUGCGCGAGAGGGUGACGCAAGAGGGUGGCGCGAGAGGGUGCGCGAGAGGGUGGCACGGAAAGGCGCCGAGCAAAACAAGUCCGCGAAUGGCCUGCAAUGCGAAAUAUGGGCAGCACCAUGCGGAUUCGCGCCCAUUUCUUUCUGUUUUUACCCUCUUGCAGACCUCUCGCAGACCCUCUUUUUGACCUCUUUUGGGGGUCCCCGCUAAUAAUCCGGCUAUACUCGCCAGUGGAGGUCGACAAAGGUGGCCGAGAGGUGGCCCAGAGGGUGCGCGAGAGGAUUCCCGUUAUUCGCGCCACCUCUCUGCACCCCUGUCCACCUCUCGGCCGCCCUCUUUUCUACCUCUCGGCACCCUCCGAGGCGCUUAGCGGCCCUAAAGGGCGACCGGUUCGGCGGGCUAUACUCGCGCCACCUCUCGGCCACCCUCCCGAAUGACCUCCCGCGCCACCUCUCCACCUCUGUCGACCUCUUUUUUACCUCUUUUGGCCUCUUUUUGACCUCCCUGCCACCUCUCGUUUACCCUCUCUAGACCAAUACUUUCGCAUGAAUAUAAUUAUAAUAAUAGUGAAACGAACUUUGCCUCCCCCUUUGCUAUAAUCUAUAGGAGGCACUUAGAAAAAUAAUUCUAAACGAAUGUGCUUAGAAGGUCUCGUCUAGAAGCUUCGUGUAACAGAUUGAACGCGUUCCCGUUAUAUGUGCCCCGUACCGUCGUGCAAAAUGUUAUCCUGCACGCCCUGGCGAGCAUGUGAAAGAAUGCCAGCACCUUAAACAAAGCAAAGCCACGGAUCCCGUGGCAGUAUGGGGACCAUCACUUUCCGGCCCGCCGGGCAAGAGCGAGGGCCAGGAGCCCCCUGGCCAUCGCUUUCCGGCCGAGCAGACGUUGUUUCCUGUCUCUCCGGGCAAAAAUGACGGCCAGGAGCUCCUUGGCCAUCCAUGGCCUUCCGCCCGGGCAAGCAAGGUGAUGGCCACCCAGCAGCAGCUCCUCGGCCACUACUUUGGGCGGCCAUCGCUUUCCUGGUGGGUCGGGCAAAAGAGAUGGCUAAGAGCUCGUCGGCCACCACUUUCCGCUGGCUCGGACAUGAUAAGUCAUGGCCGAGGGCCCCUUGGCCAUGACUUUCCGGUCGGGCAAAAAUGAUGGCUAAGGGCUCCCGCCUGGCCAUCAAUUUUGGCCAUCACUUCCCGGCCCGCCGGGCAAAAGUGAUGGCCAAGGGCAGGAGUUCCUGGGCCAUGCAUCAAUUUCCGGUCGGGCCCUUGGUCACUAUUUUGACUUUCCGGCCGGGCAAAAAUGGUGGGCAAGAGCUCCUCUGGUGCCACCAUUUUCCGGCCGGGUAAAGUGGUGGCCAGGGGCCCCUGAGCCUUCACUUCCCGGCCGGGCAAAAAUGAUGGCCGAGAGCUCCCUGGCCAUCGCCUUCCGUUCGGGCAAAAGUCCUCGCCAAGAGCCCGGUGGCCAUCGCUUUCCGGUAGGUCGCUCGGGCUGAAGUAAUGGCCAAGGGCUCCCUGGCUAUCACUUUGGGCGGGCAAAUUGUGAAAACCGACCUCAAGUCCGAAUCCCCCUGCAGCCGUCGGGAUGCUGUCGCGAAGGAAAGCCUUCGUGACAGCAUCCGGACGACAACAGGGGGGCUCGGACCUGCAAGCGGUUUCCACAACUUGCAGCCCAAGCGUGCGAACCAUUCUCAACCUCGAGCCCCCCCCUGUUGUCGUCAGGAUACUGUCGCGAAAGGCUUCGCGGCAGUAUCCUGACGACAACAGGGCGACUCGGACUCGACAGCGGUUCUCACAACUUGCCGCCCAAAUGCGAGCACCACUCUCACCCCCGAGCCCUUCGCGACAGUAUCCUGACGACAGCAGGGGGGCUCGGACUGGAAAAAUGGGAAAGCCAUUUUUUCGAGUCCGAAUCGCCCUGCUAUCGUCAGGAUACUGUCGCGAAGCGUAUCCUGGCGACAGCGCGGGGCCUCGAGCUUGAGGCAGGUUUUCUUCCAGAAGCGAAGCCCUUUAUUUUCAAGCGCUGGCAAAAGUCGUGGCGAAGAGCUCCCUGGGCGUCGCCUUUCGGCCGGGCGCAAGUGAUGGCCAAGAGCUCCCUGGCCGUCAAAGUGGCCAUCGCUUCGCGGCCGGGCAAAGAAAGGCGAUGGCCAAGAGCUCCGCGGCCAUCGCUUUUCGUUCGAGCAAAAGCGAGCUUGGCCAUCGCUUUCCGGUCGGACGGGGGGGCAAGAGCGAUGGCCAAGAACUCCGCGGCCAUCACUUUUGUUUUUGCCAUCGCUUUCUGGUCGGGCAAAAGUGAUGGCCAGAAGCUCCCUGGCCAUCACUUUUCGGCCGGGCGAAGAAAAACGAUCGCGGCCGCUCCUUGGCCAUCACUUUUGCCCGUCACUUUUGCCCAUCACUUUCCGGGCGGGCAAAAGUGGUGGCCAAGGGCUCCGUCCUUGGCAAUUAUUGCCCAGCGCUUUCCUGUCGGGCAAAAGUGAUGGCCAGUAGUUCCGCUGCCGCCGCUUUUCGCCCGGACAUGCAAAAGCCCUCGGCCCUCACUUCUGGCCAUCGCUUUCCGGUCGGGCAAAAGUGAUGGCCGAGAGCUCCCUGCUCAUCCAUUUCCGGCCGGGCAAAAAUGAUGGCCAAGAGCUCCGUGGCCAAGCAACCAUCGACCUUCACUCUUUGGCCAUCAUUUUCAUUCCGGGCGGGCAAAAGUGGUGGCCAAGAGCUCCUUGCCCGGGCCAUCACUUUUGGCCAUCGCCUUCCGGUCGGGCAAAAGUGAUGGCCAAGAUCUCCCUGCCUGGCCGGCAUUUUCGGCCAUCAGUCGCUGUUCCCCCGCGCGGGCAAAAGUGCUGGCCAAGACCUCCGCGGCCACCACUUUCUCAGGCGAACGGGCCCGGGCCGAUUUUGGGGGUAAUAUGCAGGGAAAAUUUAGGCAAUUUUUAAAAUCGGGCAGCCGGCGAAGGGGUUGGGUGGACGCGCCGUGGUGCUCCGUCCGUGUUAUGCCUUUGGGCGCCCCAGUGUUUUCUCGGUUUGUGAAGGUGACUGGCUUGCCUUUGUCCGGGGUCGCACCUUAGGCGGGCCAUGGCGCAACCUGGGGGAGGCCGCACUGGCGUGCGUUUUUCUACCACACCCAACCCGACUGCCCUUUUCAGGUUUUGGCGCGUGCAAUUUCGCGGGAAUUUUUGCGGGAAUUUUUGCGGGAAUUUCCGAAAUCGUCGCCAAAAAGUCGCGCUAAUUUUGCGGGAAUAUGUGCGAUUGACCCACCGGCAAAAUCGCUAAAAAGGCCGCUAAUUCGAUGCGCAAUUUUUCGGGAAUUUCGCCGGGGGCGCCAAAGCCCAACCAUUGCCUUUGCCUUGUUUUGGCCCGGGGGGGUGAAAUUCCCAAAAAAUUGCACAUCGAAUUGAACACGAAAUUGGACACCUCCUUUUUUGGUUUCCGCCAUGGGCGCGGGCGAAAUUGAACAAAAAUUGCACACAAAAUUGCACACAAAAUUGAACAUGAAACUGCGCAAAAAAUUGCACAAAGCCGCGGGCACCUCCGGGGAUACGAGCUUCGUCGGAGCUUGGUUAUCUUGGUUCUCGCUUAUCAGGAGGCAGGGCGACCUGCCUCGGGGCCCCGCGAAGGAAUCUUGGAAGCGGCCGGGGUUUUCCGUUUGGAUUUGGGCCGGGGGGCUCGAAGGGUUUUCGGUGGAUCCCGGCGGCCGGGGGCGGGUCUUUCUGGGCAAUCAUGCCCCAGCCUUUGCCAAUCCUUCAAAUUGGCAAUUUUUUCCCGCAGAGUUCCCGCGUUAAGUGGCCCGGGCCUGUUCGCCUGACACUUUCGGGGGCGCGCAAAAGUGUUGCCCGGCCGGAGCGAAAGAGGUGGCAAAAAGUGACUGCCUGGAAGCUCUUGGCCAUCACUUUUGCCCAGCAUUUUCCGGUCGGGCAGCCGGGCAAGAGCGAUGGCCAAGAGCUUCCAGGCAGUCACUUUUUGCCACCUCUUGCGUUCCGGCCGGGCACGCUUUUGCUUUCCGGCUUCGUUCCUUCACUUUUCUCGCGCACGCUUUUGCCUCUCGGCUUCUGGUGCAUGGCAUGGGCGGGGGGGCGCGAGGCAAAACCGCGCGAACAAGCCCCCGGAAGUGUGAGGCCCAUCCCCAUCAAGGGGCGGGGGUUUUGUUUGCGCCGGCCGCCGAAGCCGCCCCAGAAUAAGCUUCGCAACCGGCCCCCUUCGCUUUGCUUGCCGCGUGCGGCUAAAGGGCUGACGGCGGGCCGGCGUCCUGGACGCCGGACCGCAAAAGGCGUUAAAGCGGCGAUGCCGCUAGGGCACGCGCAGGCGCGGCAACGCGGCUAAAGGGCUGACGGCGGGCCGGCGUCCGGGACGCCGGACCGCAAAAGGCGUGAAAGCGGCGAGGCCGCUAGGGCAAGCGCAGGCGCGGCAACGAUCUUCCUCGGGGCAGGCAGCGUUAUGCCUUUCAACCUUCUAGCCGCAUUCUACUCGACUCCAAGCCAAACCUUCUAAACGCAUUCCCGUCUUUAGAAUUAUUUUUAAAUCUACUAGCCCAGCGGGCGUCCGGGACGCCCGCGUCAAGAGGCUAGUAAUAGAUAGUUAUUCCAACUUUGUCGAUUUCAAUCCUGACACAUCCAUAGGCCGCAAUCGUCGUCCGGGACGAAGAAAAGUUCGCGAUUGUUGGUCGGUGCCCCGCAGGCGGUCGAGAACACCAGCAGUUCUACUUACGUAUCAAAUGUAAAAAUGUCUAGGUCUGGAAGAGUCCAUGUUUGUCAUGCGUGUCUGGCAUGACUCUCAAAUCUGUCAUGCACGUUAAGUACCCAAGAGCGCCAUUUUUCUGUCAUACAGAAACGCAGCUUGUCAUGCAGAAUAGGCAACACGUAGAAGCUCAGAAACUUGUCAUGCUGAGCCAACACUUGUGGCCUCGUCAUAAUACGCCACCCAGCAUCACAUGUUUCCAGACCCAGACACUUUUGCAUUUGAUAUUACGGAAGUGUAGAACAAGUGCUGGGAAGCAAGAACCCGCCGGGUGCCGGAGAGCAGGCACAAGGAGGACAACCAGCACAACAACUCGACCUGAUGGCGAAUCGCCACCUGUUACAACGAAAAAGUGGCGAUGCAGAGGUUCUGCGGGGUCAGCAGCCGACUACUGCUAUUAGUCGCGGAACUGCUGCAGCUCCGAAGCAAGACCAGCAACAACAAGGACAUGGCGCUCCUGAACAACAGGUCGUUUUGCUCGGAGGUCGUGGUUUGUCCCAAUUUCCUACUGAGAGGAAAAAUCCCCCCUCCCCAUAUCGAAAAGAUACGUUUCCGAAAAUUUGUCUUGCUGAUUUGAGACCACAAAUCGCGUCUGUCUUGCAAGAAGACAACUCCACAGGCUCUGCCGCAUUAUGCAGGCGGUUUGUGAUGCUAUGGGGCCUACAGCAUAGAUGUUUCUCAUGCUAAGCGCCUAGGCCAAAAGCUCGCUACUCAGGCUUAGCAGGAGCCUGCUGUCCUCUACUGCAAGACAAACCUGAUUUGUCUACGCAAAUCCAGCAUCAGAAGCAUGCUUUUGAUAUGGGGAGGGGGGACUUUUCCUUGUGAUAUUUCGCAGCUCGGCUGCUGGUGUUCCUCGAGAUUUGACGCACAUCUCGCCAGCCGCGGGUCUUUUUUCAGAAGAACAAGAAGCACGACGAGAGCCCAGGACGAUUUCCAGGGCGUCUGGUGAAAUAAAUGCUCCGACCAUGGAAAACGUUGGAACUGACGUUGCACCGCGACGAUCAUCGAAGAAAAGCAAUACUACUAGGUCAUCUGCUGGUGCUGUUGCGCCGUCGUCACAGGCGGAGGCCGCGCAGGUCUGAGGUUGUGUUUGAUGCGGGGUGAUUUAUUUGGGGCCUUAGUUUAUUUUUAUCUUUGACUUACUUUGAGGAGCUGGACCGAGCAUGUCACAUCAAAGGCUCCGCCAGCUUCUGGAUUUUUUCACACAAGAUCUUUUCAUUUUUCUCCAUAUUUUGCAUAUACGAUAUUUUUAAAUUUCGAUUUCUUCUUUUCAUCGCACAACAUCAUAGACCUGAUAAAGAAGAGACCGACCCUGAGUUGUAAGUCACUAGCGAAGAAGUUGAAAGUAUAGACUAGUUGUACUUCGAAAAUGUAUAUGAAUAAAAUCACCGACCCGCCCAUUUUUUCCUUGAAGGAUCCCUUCAGUUUUACAGUCUUGUUUUACAUAUUUAAGUUAUACUAUCCCCGUUUCAUCACGGAACAAUCUGAUAUGCACCAAAAGCAACACCAAUGCAUGUACAUCGAAUUAUUGGACUCACUGCAGAAGAAUGUAGACGAAGCAACAAUUAUCUCUAGAGAAGUAGAACACCGAAUGUCAAGACGAACUUUUAAUAUUCGAAGAAAAUUUACAGACAGGAAAAAACUGGAAAAAGAAAAAAUCGGCCGACUGCGAACUCUUGUCCUCAGGGCGUG